AUGGCUCCCAUCGCAAAGAAGACCGGCGCCAAGAAGGGCCCUAAGGUGACGAAGAAGUUCAUCAUCAACGCUUCGCAGCCCGCCAGCGACAAGAUCUUCGAUGUCUCGGCAUUUGAGAAGUUCCUGAACGAGAAGAUCAAGGUCGAGGGCCGCGUCGGCAACCUCGGCGAGACUAUCAAGAUCUCGCAGCAGGGAGAGGGCAAGAUCGAGAUCAUUGCCCACAACGAGCUCUCUGGCCGGUAUCUCAAGUACCUGACCAAGAAGUUCCUCAAGAAGAUGCAGCUCCGUGACUGGCUCCGCGUCGUCUCCACCUCCAAGGGUGUCUACGAGCUCAAGUUCUUCAAUGUCGUCAACGACGAGGCCGAGGAUGACGAGGAGUAA